UAGAAACUUUUCCCGUCCCGCGGUUGGAAAAUGGCGGCGUAGGAGCGGGGUUCUCGCAUCCCCGCCCGCUCCGGCCGCCUCAGCGCCAUGACCCGUUGGGUUCCCACCAAAAGGGAGGAGAAAUACGGCGUAGCUCUUUACAAUUACGACGCGAGGGGACCAGAUGAACUUUCCUUACAGAUAGGAGACACUGUGCACAUAUUAGAAACAUAUGAAGGUUGGUACAGAGGUUACACACUGAGGAAGAAAUCCAAGAAGGGCAUAUUUCCUGCCUCCUAUAUUCACCUUAAGGAAGCAAUAGUCGAAGGAAAAGGGCAACAUGAAACCGUUAUUCCCAACGAGCUGCCCCUGAUUCAGGAGGUCACCACAACGCUGCGGGAGUGGUCCAUAAUAUGGCGGCAGUUAUACGUCCAAGAUAACAGGGAAAUGUUUCGCAGUGUACGGCACAUGAUAUAUGACCUUAUUGAGUGGAGAUCUCAAAUACUGUCUGGGACUCUCCCCCAAGAUGAGCUCAAAGAACUGAAAAAGAAGGUCACUGCCAAAAUUGACUAUGGAAACAGGAUUCUUGAUUUAGAUCUGGUCGUUAGAGAUGAAGAUGGCAAUAUUUUGGACCCGGAGCAGACGAGCACAAUCAGCCUUUUUAGAGCACAUGAAAUAGCUUCCAAGCAAGUGGAAGAGAGGUUGCUGGAGGAAAAAUCUCAGAAACAGAAUAUCGAUAUCAACAGACAAGCUAAGUUUGCUGCCACUCCUUCGUUUGCUUUAUUUGUAAAUUUAAAAAAUGUAGUCUGCAAAAUAGGGGAAGAUGCUGAAGUCCUCAUGUCUCUCUAUGAUCCCCAUGAAUCAAAAUUUAUCAGUGAAAACUAUUUGGUGCGGUGGUCAAGCUCUGGGCUCCCCAAGGACAUCGACAGGCUGCACAACCUCCGAGCAGUGUUCACUGACCUCGGCAGCAAAGACCUGAAAAGAGAGAAAAUCAGUUUCGUUUGUCAGAUUGUGAGGGUGGGCAGAAUGGAGCUGAGGGACAACAACACGAGGAAGCUGACCUCUGGGCUCCGGCGGCCUUUUGGAGUAGCAGUAAUGGAUGUUACCGACAUAAUUAAUGGGAAAGUUGAUGAUGAGGACAAACAGCACUUCAUACCAUUUCAACCGCUAGCGUUGGAUGACGCCAUUCGACACAAGCAGCUGAACAUAUCAUCCCGUUUUUCACCCAGGGUGGCAGGGGAGAAUGAUUUCCUUCAGACUGUUAUAAACAAAGUGAUUGCUGCUAAAGAAGUUAACCACAAGGGUCAGGGUUUGUGGGUGACUUUGAAACUUCUUCCGGGAGAUAUUCAUCAGAUUAGAAAAGAGUUUCCACACUUAGUGGAUAGGUCAACAGCUGUGGCUCGGAAAAUGGGGUUUCCUGAGAUUAUUAUGCCUGGUGAUGUUCGGAAUGAUAUCUAUGUAACGUUGGUUCAAGGAGAUUUUGACAAAGGCAGUAAAACAACAGCAAAAAAUGUAGAAGUUACAGUGUCUGUUUAUGAUGAGGAUGGGAAAAGAUUAGAGAGUGUUAUUUUUCCUGGUGCUGGCGAUGAAGCCAUCUCAGAGUACAAAUCAGUAAUAUAUUACCAAGUAAAGCAGCCUCGCUGGUUUGAGACUGUGAAGGUCGCAAUCCCUAUUGAAGAUGUGAACCGGAGUCAUUUGAGGUUCACGUUCCGACACAGAUCGUCACAGGACUCCAAAGAUAAAUCAGAAAAAAUAUUUGCCCUAGCAUUUGUGAAGCUCAUGAGAUACGAUGGAACAACGCUGAGAGAUGGAGAACAUGACCUUAUAGUUUAUAAGGCAGAAGCAAAGAAGCUUGAGGAUGCCUCCACAUAUUUAAGUCUGCCUUCCACUAAAAUAGAGCUGGAGGAAAAGGGACACUCUGCAACAGGGAAGAGCAUGCAGAACCUUGGUAGCUGCACCAUCAGCAAAGACUCUUUCCAGAUUUCUACUCUGGUCUGUUCUACAAAGCUUACCCAGAAUGUUGAUCUCUUGGGACUUCUGAAAUGGAGAUCUAAUACGAACCUGCUGCAGCAGAAUUUGAAGCAGUUGAUGAAAGUUGAUGGUGGUGAAGUUGUUAAGUUCCUCCAAGACACUCUGGAUGCACUUUUUAACAUAAUGAUGGAGAACUCAGAGAGUGAGACAUUUGACACGUUGGUGUUUGAUGCUUUGGUUUUUAUCAUUGGACUGAUUGCCGACAGAAAAUUUCAACAUUUUAAUCCCGUACUGGAAACAUACAUUAAGAAGCAUUUCAGUGCUACAUUGGCCUACACCAAGCUGACUAAAGUGUUAAAAACGUACGUGGAUAAUGCUGAGAAAUGUGGUAUCACUGACCAACUCUUCAAAGCCAUGAAAGCUUUGGAGUACAUCUUCAAGUUCAUAGUCCGGUCCAGGAUACUGUUCAAUCAGCUUUAUGAGAACAAAGGAGAAGCAGACUUCAGGGAGUCUUUGCUGCAGCUCUUCAAGUCCAUCAACGAGAUGAUGAGCAGCAUCUCUGAUCAGACAGUCAUAGUGAAGGGAGCAGCUCUUAAAUACUUGCCAGCCAUUGUCAAUGACGUGAAAUUAGUAUUUGAUCCAAAAGAACUUAGCAAGCUUUUUACUGAAUUCAUCCUCAACGUCCCCGUCAGCAGGCUGACCAUUCAGAAGCUCUACUGCUUGAUCGAAAUCGUUCACAGUGACCUCUUCACACAGCACGACUGCAGGGAAAUCUUGCUGCCAACAAUGACAGAUCAGCUCAAGUAUCACUUGGAAAGACAAGAAGAUUUGGAGGCUUGUUGCCAGUUGCUGAGUAACAUCCUGGAAGUGCUUUACAAGAAAGAUGUGGGGCCAACACAACGACAUGUCCAGAUAAUCAUGGAAAAGCUUCUGAGGACAGUAAAUAGAACAGUCAUUUCCAUGGGACGGGAUUCAGAGCUCAUCGGAAGUUUUGUUGCCUGCAUGACUGCCAUUUUAAGGCAAAUGGAGGACUAUCACUACGCUCAUUUAAUCAAGACUUUUGGCAAGAUGAGGUCGGAUGUUGUGGAUUUUCUAAUGGAAACAUUCAUCAUGUUCAAGAAUCUCAUUGGGAAGAACGUCUAUCCCUUCGACUGGGUUAUAAUGAACAUGAUGCAGAAUAAAGUCUUCCUGCGAGCAAUUAAUCAGUAUGCAGAUAUGCUAAACAAAAAAUUUCUUGAUCAAGCCAACUUUGAGUUGCAGCUUUGGAACAACUACUUCCACCUCGCCGUUGCUUUUCUCACGCAAGAGUCCUUGCAACUGGAGAAUUUUUCAAGUGCUAAGAGAGCAAAAAUACUUAACAAGUAUGGUGAUAUGAGAAGGCAGAUUGGUUUUGAAAUCAGGGACAUGUGGUACAAUCUGGGUCAGCAUAAAAUCAAGUUCAUCCCAGAAAUGGUGGGACCUAUCUUGGAAAUGACACUCAUCCCCGAGACGGAGCUUCGAAAAGCUACGAUCCCCAUCUUCUUUGAUAUGAUGCAGUGUGAAUUUCAUUCCACCAGAAGCUUCCAGAUGUUUGAAAAUGAGAUCAUCACAAAACUGGAUCACGAAGUGGAAGGAGGCAGAGGAGAUGAACAGUACAAAGUGUUAUUUGACAAAAUCCUCUUGGAGCACUGCAGGAAGCACAAAUACCUCGCUAAGAGCGGAGAGACUUUUGUCAAACUUGUUGUCCGCCUGAUGGAGCGACUGUUGGACUACAGGACCAUCAUGCACGACGAGAACAAAGAGAACCGCAUGAGCUGCACUGUCAACGUGCUGAAUUUCUACAAGGAAAUUGAGAGAGAAGAAAUGUACAUAAGAUACCUGUACAAACUGUGUGACCUGCACAAAGAAUGUGAUAACUAUACAGAAGCUGCCUACACGUUGCUCCUGCAUGCCAAACUUCUCAAGUGGUCAGAAGAAGCGUGUGCAGCACAUCUUACCCAGCGGGAUGGAUACCAGGCUGCUACUCAAGGACAGCUGAAAGAUCAGCUGUAUCAAGAAAUUAUCCAUUACUUUGACAAGGGCAAGAUGUGGGAAGAGGCCAUUGCCUUGGGUAAAGAGCUUGCAGAACAGUACGAAAAUGAAAUGUUUGAUUAUGAACAACUCAGUGAACUGCUGAGAAAACAAGCACAGUUCUAUGAAAACAUUGUGAAAGUGAUAAGACCAAAACCAGAUUAUUUUGCUGUUGGAUACUAUGGCCAGGGAUUUCCAACUUUCAUAAGGAACAAAGUCUUCAUUUACCGGGGAAAAGAGUACGAGCGGCGCGAGGACUUCGAAGCCAGGCUGUUAACUCAGUUUCCCAAUGCAGAGAAAAUGAAGACAACGUCUCCACCGGGUGACGAGAUCAAAAACUCCUCUGGCCAGUAUAUCCAGUGCUUUACUGUGAAGCCAAAGCUUGAUUUGCCACCCAAAUUCCACAAGCCGGUGUCAGAACAAAUCGUGAGCUUCUAUAGAGUGAAUGAAGUCCAGCGGUUUGAGUACUCACGGCCCGUUCGAAAGGGAGAGAAAAACCCAGACAACGAAUUUGCGAAUAUGUGGAUCGAGAGAACCAUCUAUGUGACAGCAUACAAAUUACCAGGGAUUCUGAGGUGGUUUGAAGUCAAAUCGGUUUUCAUGGUUGAAAUUAGUCCACUGGAAAAUGCAAUAGAAACCAUGCAGCUAACAAACGAUAAGAUCAAUAACAUGAUUCAACAACAUUUAAAUGAUCCAAAUCUACCCAUUAACCCUCUCUCUAUGCUACUGAACGGCAUUGUGGAUCCUGCAGUCAUGGGAGGUUUCACCAACUAUGAGAAGGCUUUUUUUACUGAAAGAUAUAUGCAUGAGCAUCCGGAAGAUCAUGACAAGAUUGAAAAACUGAAGGACCUGAUAGCUUGGCAGAUCCCAUUCUUGGCAGAGGGCAUCCGCAUUCAUGGUGAGAAGGUGACGGAGGCACUGAGGCCAUUCCAUGAGCGGAUGGAGGCUUGCUUCAGGCAGCUGAAGGACAAAGUUGAGAAGCAGUAUGGUGUCCGAGCUGUGCCUUCCAGCCUAGAUGACAGACGAGGCAGUCGGCCAAGGUCCAUGGUGAGGUCUUUCACGAUGCCAUCGUCUUCAAGGCCGCUGUCAGUUGCCUCAGUGUCAUCCAUCUCCUCAGACAGCACUCCUUCUCGGCCGGGCUCAGAUGGGUUUGUGCUUGAGCCCCUCCUGCCAAAGAAGAUGCAUUCCAGAUCUCAAGAUAAAUUGGACAAGGAUGACCUAGAUAAAGACAAGAAAGAAAAGAAGAAGGAGAAAAGAAACAGCAAGCAUCAGGAAAUAUUUGAUAAAGAAUUUAAGUCUACUGAUAUUUCUCUGCAGCAGUCUGAAGCAGUGAUCCUCUCAGAAACGAUCAGCCCACUGAGACCACAGAGACCAAAAAGCCAGGUCCUCAACGUCAUGUCAAGCGAAAGGCGUUUCUCCGUCUCCCCUUCGCCUUGCAGCUCCCAAGUGACACCACCUCCCAUAACUCCACGGACAAAACUGUCUUUCAGCAUACAGUCCAAUCUGGAGCUGAACGGCAUGUCUGGUGCUGACCUGGCCGACAUCCCUCCUCCUCUGCCUCUCAAAGGAAGCAUGGCCGACUAUGGGAAUCUCAUGGAAAGUCAAGACUUGAUCAGUCCAACAACAUCCCCCCCUGCUCAUCAAAGGCACCUGCCUCCUCCGCUGCCCAGCAAGACCCCCCCACCUCCACCUCCAAAGACAACUCGGAAGCAAACAUCUGUUGACUCGGGGAUUGUCCAGUGAAGAAAGAAGCCUUCUUUUCCAAAGAAAAAGCUGUAACAAUUCACUUCCCUAAGUAUUUUAAAGUAUAUAAUGUUUACCUCGUUCAGGCACGCAGUAUCUAACGUUUAGUGCAAUGACUCUAACUCGGUAAGAAUCUGCUUCUGGCAGUGUUUUGGAAGCACCACUACAUUAACCCCCUUUCUGGGGAUAUUUCCUCCCAUAACUUGAAAGGAAUCUGCAUUUCUACUUGAGCCCGGGAGGCAUUCACCAACUGACAGCACCCUCUCCCUCAACCUCCCUCGUUCUUAUUCCGCAUAACUUCAGGCACGCAGGUAGCUGUGGAGAUUAAGGUAGGAGCUGAAUAUUUUGUAACUAAGGCAUUUAGGUAGCUGUGGAGUUUUAAACGAACUGAGUAUUUUGUACUUAAUCUCAGUGUAUAUAGGAAUCAAUGGCAAUAUUCACAGUGAAUUUAAUGCACGUUGGAUUAGGCUUUGUGAUAAUGAGAAGCUGCAGUAGGAUUUCCCCAAAUAACAGUUAUCUCCAGGCCCUGCAAUCAGACACAGCUUAUUUGUGUCAUACGUCUUCAUUUCUGCCGUGUCAUGAAUAAGCUGAGAGCUGAUGGCCUUUUUCAAACCAGUCGUUUACAUUUU